ACGUGUCAAACCUUCCUCACUCUCUCUCCUCAUCAAUCAUCCUUCGCCCCCUUUCUUUCCUUCUUUUUUUAUAUCCCCUUUCUUGCUCUCUUCUCUUCUCUUUCAUUCUCUUUGUGAUUUGAGGGUUCCCAUCCAUGGAUGAAGCCAUGCCCCGCUGAGCCGGGACGCCGGAGAGGCGUACGCUGAUCCCCUGCCGAUUGAUGACACCAGCGCCACCGGGGAUUAACAGCAGAAGGCGGAGAAGAGGCGGCUGGAGGAGGAGAAGAAGGAAAGAAGGAGAAGUGCAGGAGGCGGAUGAUGUCUUCUCUGGUGCUGCCCAACGUGGGGCUGAAGGACCACGUUGUCCUUCCGGCGAAGAAGAAGGAAGAGGAAGAGGUCGAGGUGGUGCGGAAGAGGAACGGGUUCUUUUUGGGGAGCAAAGAGGCGGAGGAGUCUUCAGAGAGCUCCUCCAUCGGCGCCGCCUCGUCCUCCUCCGUACAUGAGGACGAUGAGGAGGAGGUGGAGAGCAACAGGAAGGAGGGGGCUUUUGGCUCUUUGGACUCCCUGGAAGAGUCCCUUCCCAUCAAGAGAGGGUUGUCCAACUUCUUCUCGGGGAAGUCCAAGUCAUUUGCGAGCUUAUCAGAUGCGGCCAACGCCAGCGCAAAGGACAUGCUCAAGGCGGAGAACCCCUUCAACAAACGCAGGCGACUCCUCAUGAUGAGCAAGAUGCGAAGGGCUUCUUACACUGCACUCACCUGCCCACCAUUUCCACCACUCCUUUCCCCAGAUCUCACGGUGGAGGAAGCAGACAAAGAGGAGGAAGCAGAAGAAGAUGAGGGGACGAAUAGCGGAACCUCAUCUUCCUCCUUUUCCCACCAUGGCAGCAGCAAUAACAACAUCAAGAUGAAGGUGUUUAGAUCUCCUAGGUCCUACUCCCUCUCUGAUCUCCAACAUGUUUAGAAUUCUUAACCAGUAAUUAGUGUCUCUCUCGUUUUCUUUGUUGCAAUAUGUUGAGUUGUACUUGGUAAAAUAUGAAGUACAUGUGAGUGGGAAGGCAAGCAGAGAUAAAUCAGUACAAAGUCUCUCUGUCUUCUUUCCUUUUUUUUCUUU